CUGUCUCUCUCUCUCAGUUUCACGGGAUCGAUAAUUGGUCAAAUCCACCACCAUAGAGUCUCUAGUAAACCCCGCCGUCGAUUCCAUGGCAUCCCGUCACCACCACGCCUGCGUACGGCGCCAAAACCACCACGUCAACAUCAUCCCUCCAGUCGCCACGUCAUCACGCUGCUGCACCCACGGAGAUUCUACCCACCUUUCUCCUGAUAAUCUUCUUCAUCUCGUCGCUUCUUACCUCCAGACUCAGCGACAAGAAACGCAAUCUCCCGACCAAACCUGCUCCUGCGAAACUCCAUGUCGGAGAUCCAACGGUGGUUUCCACCAGCAUCAGAAGACCAAUGUUCCACGAGAACACGAUGACCAUGUUAUCUUGUCUUGUCUCCUACGCAAAAUCGACGAUCUCGAGUCGUCUCUCAACGAGUUUGCAGCUCGCUACGACCAACGUCGAGAUCGAUACUCUACAUUGAGAGACUCCGCGGCGCGUGUCAUUCAAACGCGUUUCCGGUCUUUCCUUGUUCGAAGGUCCGUAUCAUUCAGGCAUCUAAAGGAACUAGCUUUGAUCAAAUCCAGCUUCGUGUCUCUCAGAUCUUCGGUUUCUGGGAAAACCCAUUUCCUUUUCAAGGUUGUUUUUCGGAAAGCUACAGACUUGCUUCUGCAGCUUGACUCGAUUCAGGGUAGGAUUGAUCCAAUGAUACGAAGUAGUAAGAGAUCAUUGAGCAGAGAUUUGGUGAGGUUUCUGCAGUACAUUGAUGAUUGUGCUGUUAGGAGGUAUGGCUCUGUUGUGGGUAGCCAGUUCAAAUUUAGAGGCUGUGAUGGUAAAAUGGGGAAAGUGUUUGUUAGCAAUGGGGAGCUAGAAGAGUUGGACUCCAUGAGUGAUGAGAGUAGCUACAAGUUUGUGAAAGGCAAUGUAGUCAAGGCAAAACCCGUGGUGUCUGAUAAGGACAGGAAUGUUUGUGACGUAACUUCGAGCGAAGAGAAUAAUGAUUCGGUUGUAGUGAUGUCCAGAGACAAUGAAAGGAAGCAUGGUUCGAAAACAAGGAACAUGGUUUUGGUGGAAGGAAGUGGAGGGGAAACUGUGAGCUUUGAUGAGAAUGGGAACGUUUAUAAGGUUUAUGGGGAUACGUCAGAGUCAAGCAUAAGCGAGGAAGAUGAUUCUGUAAGUGGAUCAAAAGAUGGAAAUGGAGACGAGAAAGAGAAUAGGAAUGAAGUUGAGGGAAUCAAAUAUGUGUCCAAGGAAGAAGAAGAAAGUGGUUGUGAAACUGAAGUCUCUUCUUCAGAGGGUAGUGAAGGGGAUGCCGUAGUUACAAGAGCCCUCCAAAGCGAAUGAGCUGUGAGAGUCUGUUCCCUGAACCCAAUAAGGAAACUUUCUUUAUUGUUGUAGAAACUGUAACAUAACCAGAUGGUUUAGACUAGUUUUCAACUUCCUCUGGAAAAAUCUGUGAGAGUUUUCUUUUAGUUUGCUCAUUUUUGUGUUCUCUCAUUUAUCAACAUUAUGACAAAUAGAUUCCACCUUAAAGUUAGUA